GUGAACUCAGCAACGAUGCGAUGAUACCUAGGCUACUCGUGAUCUUAUACCAUGAACAAACGUCCCUAUUCAGGGUCAUUAUCCCACAGUGACUCUCAGACUCCCGAGCUCCCCGAUCACCUGCCUAAUGGCAGCCCGGACCAGAACAGAGGCUCGGGCUCGGUUAAGAAACCCCGGAAUUUCAUAGCCACAGUGGCUUGUGAGAACUGCAGAUUGAAAAAGACCCGAUGUGACGAAUCACGGCCGAAAUGUGGACUAUGCAAGUCCCUCGGUUUGGAAUGUGUCUACAAUGAGCGCAAGACCUCCAAGCGUGACCAUUCUCUGAGCCUUAUCAUGAGCACUCUUCACCGACUCGAGACCAAACUCGAAAGUGUUCCCAAUGCCAUUUCCGGUGAUAUCCAUUCUCUCCGGAAUGAGAUGAUUCAUGCAUUGGAUGCUUCCCCAAGCGUUUCACCUCUAACGCGGCGUAAUCUCAGCUUUGCUGAGCCGGUUGGCUUAGAAAGAUCCCAAUUGCAAGGUCUUACCCCAAGGACAGUGGAGCUCAACAAUGAUCUAGAACAUGAUAGUCAUAGCUAUCUCCCCUCCGGCGCAGGGGAUUCUAGUGGCCUGGUGUCUAUCUCUUUCAGUCAACAUGGAGUGAUCUCUUGGCUUGGGGCACAGAAUAUCCUUCCCAGGAGGCUUCUCGAGGCCUACGAGAAACUCGGAAAGAACUACGUGAUUGACAUCGAGAUGAAAAGGCCCAUUCUGCCGAUGUACAUUUGCCCUUUCCCUCCACACGCCGGUAGCAACUGGCUGGAAACACUCCCACUGGCGAUGAUCAAGGGACUUUCGGACGCUUUCUUCACCACAUUUAACCUAUAUACACCGAUCAUCGAUAAGAACUUUUACUUUGCAUCAACGCUUGGGGCCGCGAUUGAAAGCAGUUUCGGGUACACAAUCGAGAGCUGCGUCGCCCUGAAUGUUAUGGCUCUAGGCUGUAUUGCUAUCCAUGCUUAUCAAGAGGGAAACUAUCCUUUGCCAGGGAGCAGAAGCAGUCGGUUCGAACCGCCUGAGUGGAUGGGUGUUGUCUAUGAAGAGCCCCCAGGCUUACGCUUCUUCAAUGAAGCCCGCCAACGCAUGGGCUUCUUGAUGUGUGGCAAUGACCUUCAAAGUUGCCAAUUUUACCUCCUCUCAUUUGUCUACUACAGCCAGAUUCUUCGGCCCUUAGACUCAUGGGCUAUGAUCCAUCGUGCUGCUACCUGUUGUCUAUCUAUGCUUACUAACCGUGACGUUCAUUUCGACGAGUGGGAGGGCGAUAUGAAAUCCAGGGUGUACUGGAAUUGUCUGAUGAAUGAGACAAUUCUAAUCCAAGAGCUGCAUGUUCCACCGAGUGGUCUCGCACGCCUGGAAGAACUUGUCCCAAUCCCCAAAUUUAUCAGUUUCGAAAGCGUCGGCUUCGGUGCAUCUCGAUCCAUGUCAUUGGACGAGAUAGAUGAUUCCUUUUUCCAAUACCAUUUUCUGGCGCAGGUCGCCCAUCGUAUAAUACUAACUCGCAUCCGAAAUUCAUUGUAUUUCUAUUCCGACUCAGGAACAUUUCCACGCCCAGCCAUUAACACAGAGCUGCAUCACCAGCUAGAUCAAUGGCGUGUCAAUUUGCCUGUUGCUUUGAAGUUCUCGGAUAAUUCCUUAAACCCUUCUAUGGACAAUGACACUGCUGCCUCUCCAGCGACAGAAUCCCACUUGCCUUUUGACCCGACACGUCAUGCCCUGUCUCCUGCAACCGCCGUCUCCGAAGCCAUGCUCCGUGGUCGCUACAUGAUUGCCAAGUUCCACAUCGGCCGACCUUACCUUUACAAAGCCCUCCAUAUACCCGGGUCCUUAACCGACCAUGACCUUGAACAGAUUCGCAGCGGACUGCUUAACGCAAUGAACUGGCCCGUCGUUGGCGGUAUCUUCCGACGAAUGAAGAGCUGCAUCCCGAUCAGGUUCGCCUUCUGCUCCCAAUUCUUUGGCCAAAUUCUUCUUUUCUACUGUAUAUCUCACUCGCCGGAUUCCCGGUUACGUGACACGUUACCACCAGGCUGGGAGCAAUGGAAUCAAGAGAUGCUGCGGUUCCUGGAGACCUGCGCACCUCAUAGUCCCGCUGUAGCCAAGGACUUGGAACUUCUGCGAUUGUUGUAAAAUAAUGUGUCUAUGGACUGUGGAUGCUGUAUGCGACAUGUACUUGCCACAAGAACAAUGCGCUGAAGCAUCUGUGCAGACAAGAGUUUCUGGAUUAUGACCGGAAUCGGAUAGUUUCCAGCAAAUCAAGCAUGGAUUCUGUGAAGGUAUGAUGCUGCUAGG